AAAUAAGCCUACUACACCUUGUCGUAGGUCCUUAUCACUGAGGGAGAGGUCAAUCCUUCAGUGAACGUUGACCAUCGAAGUGAUCUGUGUGUUGUGAUAUUUUUAAUCAAAACAACGAUUCGCUAAAAAGCAUUUCCCAAGAUGACGCCAUCCAGCAGGUGAGGUGUCGUUGAAUACUCUUGUCGUUGAUGCUAAUGGUGCGCAGUCCCCCCCCACCUUACUAUCCUAGCUCGUCAGAGAUAGACCCUCUGAUAGGGCUCAGCAAGCCUUCUCGUCGCCGUCAACAUCUAUUAGCGUUCAUCGGUCCCUUGGCUACAUUUGCCAUUUUUGCAAUAUUUUUCUCCCUUGGCCCUUCAAACGACCCGUUAGAUCCAGAUGUUCGAGAUCGCAUUCGCAAGGAAUGGGACAUUGAGCUUCGUCAGCACCAGGAAGAAGUUCUCAAGCGCAUUGACACUCAGAAGCGCUGGCGUCUUGAAGACCAUGACAGAAUUAUUCUCCGCGAACAAUGGGGAACGGAAGUGGAAGAACAUAACCAUCAAAUAGAGGUGAGGAAAAAGCGUGAGGAAGAAGAAAGAAAUCGUAUUCGCGAACGAUGGGGAAGAGAAGUAGAAGGGCACGAUAGGGAAGUGGAGGAGAGACGGAGGCGCGAAGAAGAAGAGCGCCUGAGGUUGAAUAUGUUUUGGACCGACUUGAAGUCCCACACGUGCACGUCAUACGGCACUCGAGAGUACACUGCCCGACUGGUGAAUGUGCCAUCAAAUUACAACCGCCGCGUGGAGGCUUGCAUGGCCACGAAGGUACAGAUCCACGGGACUGAGUACACUCCCAAGUGGUGCGAGGAUCAUGGUCCAAACAAUGUAAUAGGUCAUUGGGAAGUCGACCAGCAUGAGCCGGAUUGCGCAUCCUACUGGAGUUGGUACAAAGAUUAUGGCUGCAUCUCUCCUGGAUCCGGUCAGCGACGUAUUGAACACUACCUCGAGAACCUCCCGUCCGGAGGUGAUUGGAAGGAGUUCUGUGCUACCACUCCUGUAAGCUUCCGUGGGAUGCAUUUUAUGGGGGCAGAAUUCUGCUUCCAAAAGAACUAUGGCACAUACGGCAACUGGGUCUUUGAUGACGAGAGCUGCAACUAGCCUAGUGACGAUGAUGAUUCUGUGUUGGCUGAGGGAGAUAUUGUCUUGGGCGCUUGGCAUGUUGAUUCGCUAUCUUUGUUGUAAAUCCGUUGUAUAUAACACGCUGUAUUUUUUAUGCAUUUGGUUGGUUUGGUCGACCUC